AUGGAUCAGAUAAAUCAUAAAAAUAAUCCUGUUAUUGCUAAUAAGUUACCGAAUGAAGUGAUUGCUAUGAUUUUGGAUCGUGCGCUCUCAUCAACGGAUUUCGGUCAUAUGGGUCUCCUAAAUCGUCAGUGGGCUUACGAAGCACGAAGAAUUUCAUCAAAAAUGAAAACAAAAUUUGCUCGACAAAUUAUUUAUGAUAAACGUCAUAUUAUUUAUGAUUUCGAUGUUCGUCUGCAUGUCGUCGGUUAUGGAAAAGCAAUGCAACGACAUGGCAAAGAAGAAGUUGUUCAAACAUUCCAUAGAGUUGGUGGAAGUGGAUGCGAUGUAGUUUAUCUUGAACGUAUGUGGAAAGAGGAUAAAUUAGAGGGUGAAGAAGUUGUCAGAGAAAUUAAUUCUAUUUGGCAUGAUUUGUACUGGAAGUCAAAUAGCAAUAAAAUUAAUCGAAAUCAACCUGCGCAUCCCUAUGACGGUAUCACAGCCGUUGAUUCCAUGAGAGAAAACAAAAGACAUUUUCUUGUGACACCUGAUCAAAUCAAUUUCAUGCCGGAUGGAUGCGAUUAUCUAGGUAAACUAUUAAUUCGGCAUGAAUGGAAAUCGCAGACGUUAAAAGAUAGCCUUCGAGUCAGAAGACAACUAUUUUCAGCUAAUGAAGAUAUGUGCGAUUCGAUAGCAAGUUUGUACCAGUUUUUAAAUGAAUUUUCAAUAGGUCUCGCGCAUCAAAAAUAA